AUGAACACGUUGAUGGAUGCUGUGCAAGGCUAUGGUGUGAGCUCCACACAGUAUCUACAGACUCACUACAAAGACGCACAGGGCUGGUUCCUGUUCGUCUCCAUCGCCGCUGACCUGCGCAACACCUUCUUCGUCUUCUUCCCCAUUUGGUUCCACCUGAGGGCGUCUGUGGGCAUCAAACUCAUCUGGGUGGCCGUUAUCGGGGAUUGGCUCAACCUCGUCUUCAAAUGGAUCCUAUUUGGAGAGCGGCCCUACUGGUGGGUCCACGAGACGCCUUAUUACAGCAACACAUCUGUUCCACAUGUUGAACAGUUCCCCAUGACGUGUGAGACAGGGCCAGGUAGUCCUUCGGGUCAUGCUAUGGGUGCAGCUGGAGUUUACUAUACCAUGGUCACUUCCAUCCUCACCAUCAUGCUGAGCAGUAAGAAGACAUGUUCCACUAAGGCAAUGUACUUGCGUGGCACCCUCUGGACUCUUUUCUGGACCGUUCAGAUCUGUGUUUGUCUCUCCAGGGUCUUCCUUGCUGCCCAUUUCCCUCACCAGGUCAUUGCUGGUGUAAUUACAGGUAUAAUCGUGGCGGAAAUCUUCAACCGGCAGACGUGGAUCUACUACGCCAGCCUGCAGAGGUACUUCAACAUCACUCUGUUCCUGACUGUUUUCGCCGUGGGAUUUUACGUUCUUUUGAAGUCUGUGGGUGUGGAUCUGCUGUGGACUCUGGAGAAGGCGCAGAAAUGGUGCGUGAACCCGGCCUGGGUCCACAUGGACACCACGCCAUUCGCCAGCCUGCUGCGUAACAUGGGCACCUUGUUCGGUCUGGGCCUGGGCCUGCACUCACCACUCUAUACCGAGAGCAAGAAGAGCACCAGUGCCCCCUUCAGGCUGGGCUGCGUGCUCAGCUCUCUCCUCCUGCUCCACCUUUUCGACUCCAUCAAGCCUCCGACUCACACGGCAGCGCUCUUCUACCUGCUGUCCUUCUGUAAGAGCGCCACCGUUCCGCUGGUCACCGUCAGCAUCAUUCCGUACUGCAUGUCCGGAGCCCUGAGUUUACCAAACAAGAAACACCUUUGAAAGAACUUCUGAAAGACGAUCGUAGCAAAAACACAAAUCCUCAGCAGUAUU